AUGCGCGGAGUAUUUCUCGGACAGAAAGAGUACGAAGAACAUAGGCGCAUUGACAACAAACGUGUGCCUUUGGCCGUUCCUGAUGUCAACCAUCUAACUAUGCCGACACCUUCUACAUCGUCUCAUCUCGACCCUCUCCAAGCAGAUUUUAUGCCGGCACCGGGUUGGAUCCCAGAAUCCACUCCACCAUCGCCCACUGAGACGACUACGACCGACCCUCCGAGUCACAGCGAAGUUCGGGACUCUACGUUCUUGGAGGAACUCGAUAAAUUCAGGGCACAACUACAGGAGAGACGUGCUGCUGCUCAGGAUCAUGGUGCAUUGGCUUUUGUAUCUCCUCCAAGCGUACUUUCAGUACCGGUGCAUCUGCAGCCAGUGCAAGAUAAGGUCUCGCAAGAGAUCAAUCGAGGUCUCUUUGCUGUCAAAUAUGACAGCCCCUUGAACACAGCGUUGUUGGAAUACGAGGAGUGGCUUCUUCAAUCUUUAUUGCGAUAUGAAUCUUGGAAAACUCAUCAGAGCAUUCGGGUUCGUCUGCGCACCGGAAGCGCGAUGACCGCCGUAGAAGACGCUGUAGAGGAAGUCGAGCGGUGGAAAGAGAUCGAAUGGGAGCGGCAGAGAACUGUGCUUCUGUCCCACGGUGCCAAUUCAACUGCUCAAAAUGAUGGUGUUGUGCAAACGAGACCAUACUUGCAAUCAUCACUGAGAUCUCUGCAACCAGUCAUCUUGCUUUGUUAUGUUCUCGCCGGAGUGUUGCACCUUCUCUGCAAUGUCUCCAUCUCCCGUUGUACUUUUGUGUUGAACGCUCUGCGCACCAUCUUGAAUGUCGCAUUCUCACUCAAAGGACCCAUUGAUCGCGAGAGCCGGGAUAUUGUAGAGGAAAUACCGCAGGACAUUCGCACGGUUUUGCAGUCUCUCAACGUGACGCCGGUGACGAAGUCGUUCGUUUGCUGUCCAGGGUGCUACCACUGUUAUCCCCUCAAUGGCCCCAAUCCACCUCCACGAUGCACAGCUCAAUCGACACCCCUUAGUCCGCCGUGUAAUAGAGAGCUAUAUGUUACUCGGAAAAUUAAGGGCAAGGAUCGAACCUUUCCCUACAGUCGCUAUAUAUAUCAUGACCUCAAGCACUGGCUCGCGCGAUUUCUCUGCAGACCUGGCAUGGAAGCAAUCGUGGAUCGACCUGAACUUUUUCAACCUCCUUGUUCAUCGCCCGAGGUUGCCGCUGAUAUUUGGGACCAACCGCUUCUCCAUGACCUUCCAGGUCCAAAUGGGACGAAAUUCAUGGAUGCGGAUGCCAACGAGGGACGGUACGUAUUCAGUCUGUGUAUGGACGGCCUGAACCCUUUCGGCAAGGGAGGUCCCUCCGCUUCUGUCGGUGCGAUCUAUAUGGCACUACUCAAUCUCCCACCGGAGAUGCGAUACAAGAUCGAGAAUAUGUACUUGGUCGCGAUCUUUCCGGGACAUCCGUCGAAGGAACAGAUCAAUCCUCUUCUAGCACCGCUCGUGGAUGACCUUCUCGACGCGUACGACUCCGGGAUCCGCUUUUCAGAAACUCCUCUUCAUCGUGAGGGCAAAACAUGCCGAUGUGCAAUGAUUCCACUUGUUUGCGACCUCGAAGCGGCUCGUCAGAUGGCAGGUUUCAGCACACAUGGUCAUACCUUUUUCUGUUCCUGCUGUUACCUGAAGUUAUCAGACAUCGAGAACAUUGAUUACUGGACUUGGCCUGAACGAACCACCGAGCAACAUCGUGCAUCAGCAGAACAAUGGAAGAAUGCUGAGCCAGAAGAACGGCAGAAGAUCAUGGACGAUUAUGGACUCAGGUGGUCUGAAUUGCUACGCCUACAUUACUGGGACCCGAUCAAAUAUACUGCACUCGAAGCGAUGCAUCUCCUGUACAUUGGACUUUUGGGGCGUCACAUUGACAAGGUCUGGGGAAUGAGUGCGAAACACGCAGAUGGUCUACGAGGAAUCGUCGAUGACCCCAAACCUACCCAAAAGGAAACAGAACAGGCUCUUCACAUUCUGAGGACUGGAUCUGGCGAUGAGCUUUCUGGCCUUCGAGUGGAAGCUCUGAAGCAAUUGUGUCGAAUUAAGAUGCUGCGAUCUUCGGGACGGCGGGGUAAAUUGUUGAAGCGUCUCAUUGCAUAUCGGAAGGAACAAGGAUGGUUCGAUAGCAAUGGCAAUCCGUUGUCAGACGAGCAGCAACCUCUGAGGCCAGAUCCUGCGGUGAAUAAUGUCCCACAUCCGAAGGAACUGGCGGUUGCUCUGGUAGCAGUUGACUCUAAGCCAGGCACUGCGUUACAAAGAUUGCGUCGAGAUGUACUUCGUGAAGUAUGCAUGCAGAAGCUUGGAGGGACCAUUCAUGAUUAUGAGAAGAAGACCAAGGACGAACUUCUGGCGCUGCUGACUCAAUAUCGCUUGGACCAGAAAAUAGCGGAUAAACAUGGCAAUCUUUUUGCGGCUCAAGAUCUUCCAGUAUCGCGGUCGCGUGUAGUGACUAAGGAAGAACUGGAGGAUGCCGUGGAAAAGUUCGACACGGGAACAAAAUCAGCUCUGAACAAACUCCGGCUGCCUGUCCUUAUUCAGCUCUGCUGCCGGAAAUUACCCCAAGAUAUUGUCGAUACUCUCAAGAAGAAGAGUGACGUUCAGGCAGCUAUUCAUCAGGCUCGCAUAAAAAUGGGAAUCACUGACAAUUCAGGAAAGCUCCUCGUACGUAGAGAGAAGCAUCUUCCACAGAGCACUGGCGAAGCUGGCCAAGUAGAGGUGGCUGAGGACAUUUUGGAACACGGAGCUACGUCCAAACUCAUGAAGCUCAGCACUGCCGUUCUGGUUAUGUUGGCCGCGAAGAAGUUCAAAGGCAAAACGCUUCAGAAAAAAGAUGACGUUCUUCAAAGGAUGCGGGCGUAUCGACUAGCGGAAGGGAUCACAGAUGCUGAUGGAAAGCUCAUCGAAGGUAGGACGAGAAGUAGAAGGGUACUUGGCCGGAGGAUGCUCUCUAUCAUCUGGAAGGAUAUGGAUGCAGUUGUACUACCUUCAACGUUGACACCGCCACCCCGUCGACCAGGCACGUCAUCGGGAAAGCUAGAGGCUGACGAACUUCGCACAUUUUGCACGAUUAACCUCACUAUAUCUCUGAUCUGGGCCUGGGGUAGCAAGCCUAGCGAUUCAAGAGAAUAUCGAAUGCUUCAAAAUUUCAUGGAUCUGAUUACUGCCGUGAAACUGGCCUCUUUGCGAACCAUGACGUCGGAGAGGAUUACACGAUAUCGCAGGCACAUGCAUCGCUAUCUUCGGACUCUGCUGGAACUUUUUCCAGGUACAACGAUCAGCCCGAAUCAACACAAUUCUCUACACUUGCCAGAGCACCUGGAACGGUUCGGUCCAACGCACUCAAUUCGGGCUUUCAGCUUUGAGCGAAACAAUGGUGACUUACAGACGAUUCUGACGAACAAUAAAAUGGUCGACCUCCCUGGCACGAUGUUACGACGUUUCUGCAUGAGACAGAACCUACGGAGCUUAUUCAACCCUGAAUCUCUUCCACAAUCCAUUUCUUCCAUCAUAGCGCCCUUUAUCAGCUCGUUCCAGUCCGAACACCGCGGGACACUGCUCCAGGAUAUGCUGGCAUUCGAAGAUCCACUGGGUGACCCCGAUCUGGAUAAUGAUGAGCUUGAAGAAGAGACUCGAGACUUCUCUAGACUUGGAGACCAAGAGUGGAAUGCGUUACAAAGCUGGUUCGCAGGCCACAAUUUCAUCAGGCCGCACAUCAACCGUUACGUCGUGCGGAACAAGAAGCUCGAAGUCCAGGACGAUAUUUAUAAACCAGUGACCACGAGCCGAGGCGACAGUUAUAUUGUCUUCCAAUGUGCGGACGACGCCGACUGGAGAGCUGGCCGCGUCGUCGAUAUUUUCACUCACUCAUACCGACAGGAAAAUAUUGAUGUGCGGAGAAACUUUUUACUCGUCGAGGAGUACAUCGCGCUCGAGAUAAGGCACAUUCAGUUUGAUCCCUACAGGAAAUUCCCUUUUGUUGGAGGCCGACUGUUCUACGACAAAGUCCGGGACCAGCUCAUAGUUCUAGAGGUAGAUGAAAUUACUUGUCACUUCGCGCACACCAGGCGCACAACUCCUAGUAUCGACAUCGAUUGUGUACACGUCUUACCGUUGAAUAAGGUAAGCAGUUACCUCUUCCCUUCGGUUUGCGUGUUGAAGCAAUCAUCACCAGUGGUAGAGUUCGUUCAGCACAGCCUUCCGAUUCCUGUAAUCGGAGCGGACGGCGAGACAAUCUAG